AGAAUGGAUGAAGACUUUAAAGCACGGGCAUUUGACUCUACUCUUCCAAGUCCAUCAGAGACUUUACUUUCCAUUCGACUGUUAGACUUUAAAACAAAUUUAUUGGAGGCCAUAGAAGAACUGCGGAUUAGAAGGGAAACAGAAAAUAAUUAUGAAGACCAAAUAAAUAAAAUCGUUAUAGAGAAACAGGAACUUGAAUGGCAGAAGGAAACUCUGCAGCAUCAGGCUGACACACUGCAACAACAAAACAAAGAAGCUAUGGCAGCUUUUAAAAAACAGUUACAGGCAAGGAUGUUUGCCAUGGAAGAAGAAAAGGGAAAAUACCAACUUGCUGUAGAAACAAAAGAAAAAGAAAUUGAUGGACUGAAAGAAACAUUAAAAGCAUUACAGAUCUCAAAAUACACUUUACAAAAGAAACUGAACGAAAUGGAUCAAAAAUUGCAGAUGCACUUAACAGCAAAAGAGGAGCAUCAUAAGAAACUGAAUGAAGUUGAGAGGUGUUAUGCUACUAUUGCAUCUCGGUUUGGAAUAGUAAAAGGUGUUCAUGGCAAACUAGAGCACAGUGUACAGGAAGCCAUACAGCACAAUAAGAAACUAGCAUCAGUGAAUAAAAGACAAGAGUCUGAAAUAAGUAAUCUGAAGGAAGAGCUGAAGAAAGUAACUACAGACUUGAUAAGGUCCAAGGUCACCUCUCAGUACAGGGUGGGAGAAGAAAACAUCAAUCUUGCAGUGAAGGAAAAACAGUUUCAAGAACUGCAACAGAAAAUCAGAAUGGAGACAGCAGUCAGUAAAAAAGUUCAAGAAGAAAACAUUCACGUAAAAGAAGAAAAGCUGGAAAUUCUCAGCUCUCUACAGUGUACACAGGAGCUGCUUCAGCGAAUAACCCAAACGAAUGCUAGAAUGGAAAGUGAACUAAAUGCACUGAAACAAGACUAUCAGGCCCUUGAAAGAGAUAAUGAGCUGCAAAGGGAGAAGGCAAAGGAAAAUGAAGAAAAGUUCCUUAAUCUUCAGAAUGAGCAUGAGAAGGCACUAAGAACUUGGAAAAAUGAUGAGGAAAACAUGAAAAGAGAAAUACACAGUAUUAAAAAUGAGCUGAAUUCCCUUAAAGGACUUCAUACACAUCUUGAAGAUUAUCAUCCUCCCCAGGGAAAUCAGCAUUCCAAGCAAGUGGAAAAUCUGCAGAUGCAGUCAGCAGCUCAGGCCAUACCAACAAAUGUGAGUGGUCAAGAACACUCAAAAAACAGUGAAAUGCAGGCUGUUCAGAAAGAAAAUGAGUUUAUGCAGUCCGUAAUAAGUAAAUAUGGUAAUUGUGGAAAUGAAGAAGAAACUGAAGUAAAAACCACAAGGGACAAGUCUUCAAUCAUUGAGGAAUUAAAGAUAGAACAAAAUUCACAAGUUCUUGAAAACAGUUUUAAGGAUGAAAUUAAUGUUGCUAGCCCUUGUGAAUUAAAGCAAAGGGAGGCUUCUCACAGGAACACCCUCUGCACAGAUACUGAUUUAAUUGCCCAAGGACACACCUCAGAAAUGCAUGUCACUGGAUGCAGAGAGGCAGAAGAUGCAGGAACAACACACAGAACAUUACCAGAUGAAAACAAUGCAAAUUUAGAUCAAACACCACGGGACAGCACGGAGCCUUUGGCAGCACACCGCACACAGACAAGGAAGGACUUUUUAGGCAGUGCUGAGAGGAAAAAUGUAGGUACUGACAGGAAAAAUGGAAGUCAGGAGACCAACACUAGCAAGGAAGAACUGUGCAACACUGCAGAUGAAUCAACUUGUGCCAAGGCAGAUGCAAACUCAAACACCAGACAGCACAACAAAAGUGUCCUCACACCUGAAGCAUCCCAACCUGAGUGUGAAGCUGUUCUUUGCACUGAGAAGAGUGCUCUGCAUGAGAGAAGUACAGGAAACCACCAAGUUAAGGAGUUACAUUUUGGCAUCCUACCUUAUACUAAAGAGAAUUCUCAAGCAGAAUACCAAAAAUGUAGCUUGCUGAAUAGAGACAAUUCUGUAGGCAGUGGAUUACAUAAAACAGAAAAAACCUUAAAUCUGAGUGGUUUACAUAGAGAUAAACUUCCUCUGGAACAGACACACGUAGAUGCUGAAGGCAGAAAUGAUGACAAUGCCAGAAACAUGAACAACACUGGUGUUCAGGCUACUGAUGCUCAACAUCUACCAGGUGUUUGUUGUGAUAAUGCAAGUGGUGAUGCUGCUGCUGCAAAAGAAUGCCGAGAAAAGAAGUCUCUCUUAGGUACUUUUAAUUUAUGCCCCCCCAAAACUGAGAGAGGAAUAAAUGCAGAUGACAUGCACAGCAAGCAACCUGAACAAGGCAGUGCUAAACAAACAGGGAAUGCUACAAAUACAUGGACUUCAAAUGCUGAAGCCAAAUCUCCAGUAAAGGCUGAUGGUCUCAAUAUUGCUCAAAACCCACCCCCAACAGAUAAGGCAUGUAGAGAUAAGCUAAUUCUAUGUAAAAAUGUUGACAGUGGUACUCAGAUACACCCCAUCAAAAGUGGACAUUCCCUGGAGAUUGAUCCUUCAACAAAUAACACAUUGUUAAAAGAGAAAAAAGACUCACUCAGUAGUACAGUUCCAGAAACGAAGUUUGCUGAGGGCCACCAGAAAGAAUCAUCCUCUUUACCCAUGAGAACAUCUGGAAAUUUAGUAAACACAGGUUUAAGGUCAUCCUUUGAUCUUUCAACCUCAGAUAUAAAAGCUGAGAAAACUCCACUAUACUUGAAUUUUUUUGCUCUCAGUUCUUGUUCAAAAGUAAAUCAAAUGAGAGGUCAAGCUACAUGGACUUCAGCUUCCAAGGAUCCUUCCCUUUUGAAAGACAAACCACCAUACUUAGUGGAAAGCACAAACAUUAUUUCAAACACACAGAGUCAAAAUCUCAGUGAAAAUGUGGUCAGUGGAGAAUCAGGACAAGGUUCUAGCAGUUCGAACAGAGCUGCCAACACUUUGAAUACCUCUAAUAUCCACCAAGAGCCCCAGGGAGAGCCUAGUGAAGAAUGGAAUGCUAAAGCAAAGGCUUUUUAUGAUUCUUCUUUUCCCACAGAACAUGUGAAAGAAGGAUUUGCUGCUUUCCAGAACAAACAGAAGUCUUCUCACAUGACUGUCACUCCAGCAAGAAGUGAAAAAGCACUCCAAGAUCAGGACAGCUGCUCUCUUCGAAACUCCAUUACACAAAACAAAACAGGAGGAAUUGAGAAAUUACUAAAUUUGGAGAGAUUUGAUUCAGGAAGAAAGAGAAAAUAUGAAGAAGGCCAGUGA